ACGUCAGUGCAGUGUCCCGGAAGUGGGGCGUUCAGGGCCUCGGAGGGUCUCCUAGGAGAGGCUCGAGCUGUGACGUCAGUGCAGCACGCCAGAAGGGGGCGAGUCCGGUUUCUGAUGUCGCUCCUGGCCGUGACGUCAGUACGGCGCGCCGGAAGUGGGUGUGUUGUCGGCUUCCGAGGGGGUUUCUUCGGGCGGCCAUGACGCUGGCGGUGUUCUUCGGGUGCGCCUUGGUGGCCUUCGGCCCGGCGCUGGCCCUCUUCCUGCUGACGGUGGUUUCCGACCCGCUCCGGGUCAUCAUCCUGGUCGCAGGGGCCUUCUUCUGGCUGGCGUCGCUCCUUCUCUCCUCGCUGACCUGGUUCGUGGCGUCCAAGGCGAGCGGAGGCCCCCAGGCGGAGCAGGCCCUCCAGGCGGGGCUCUUGGCCGCCGGCGUCGCCCUCUCCGUCCUCCUCCAGGAGGCCUUCCGCUUCCUCUACUACAAGCUCCUCAGGUGAGGAAGAGAGGGAGCAGGACGGGAGCCAAGGCGAU